GCUGUCUGGAAACGCAAUGUAGUGACCUUCUGCCAUGCAUUCACGCUCGGCCAGUCGUCGCCAAGGGCGUCCGGGCUUUGCAAAUUCCGUCCAUGUCGAUCAGAAUGCAGCCAAAGCUUUUUAGCCCCUUUGCCCUUGCCCUUCCCUUGGACGGCCACACCGAUGGCCAGCUGGGCGACGCUUUGCUGUGGGUGGGGGCACUCCUCCGCAGACGAUAUCGAGGACGACUACUUGAUCAUCCCCAACGAGAGCGAGACCAGUCGUCUGUGGACGCCAGGCAUCGCAGGGAGCACGGGCUAUACGACGCCGGCCCCGCUCAGCGCUGAAUCCAGACGAUUCACAGAUGAUUCAGAGGAAGAGAUCGUGGCGCGGUUGGGCUCGAUAGUGAGGACGAAAGAAAACAAAAUGGUCAAGAUUGGCCCGCGGCCAGCGUUCACCCUCCAUCCCACAACGGUCGAGGACGGACAAUUGGACACGACGACGACGCCGUCAAAGUCCCCCCUGCAUAGCAUGCCGUCCAUCAGCUCGCUAGGAGGGACGCUACAGUUGCCAUUUCCUCCCCCUCCCUCUCCUGCGACUCCUAGGGCGACCAUGAUCGUACACCAUUCACACCUCCACGAGGCAGCGGAGUACGAGAAGAACGUCCCUCACUCGAAAUUUCUCCCUCGCAGGCCGCCCAUCCCCCCCGUUUUCACGCUUUCGCCCGCACCCGCCUAUCCCUCGGCGCAAACUACACCGGCGGUAUCGCGCUCGAGCUCGGUCAGCGGGUCACAGAUGCUGCGAAGGAACCUGUCAUCGGGUUCAAGGAAGGGAUCGCGAGUGAGGGUUCGUGGGCGCAUGUCCAGUGGAGGCUCCAGGGACUCGAAAACACACUCGGUGGAGGAAAGCGAAGAGGAAAAUGAAGAGCGGGGUCGCAUGGGGGGUCGGAGUUGCAACAUCACCGAGGAACAGGCUGCCUCAGACGUGUCCGACGCCAGUGGGCUGACGUUCCGCGGACCCUCGACGCUGACGAGUGCGAUGUCCGCAAAGCUUGCUCUUAACACCAGCACAACGGCAGUUGACCCAGCAUCUGUGUCGCUCUCCAGUCCGGAAGGGUCUGAGCCCGACCAUAUGCAGAGUUCGUUGGUAUUUACCUGGGGCGAAUAA